UGGAUAUUUGUAUUAUAUUGGGGCAGAAGUCUGGAAUUGUCACUGAUGAUAAUAUUCUAUUGGGAUAUUCGAUGUGAGAGAGUAUGAGAAAAAUUGAAAGACGUCUUCGAAAUGAAUGGUUACUCAACAUGACCCCAAAAUUUUUAAGAGCAAGGGAUGUUAGGAAGGAACUGAAAAGUGCAGGAGCGUGCGCGCCGGGGUGGCAUCGAUUGGGGAAAUUCGGUUUUCCGCUUUUCCGUCAGUCGCGGAAGUUUUCCCGACGAAGAUGCUGUAAUUUUUGUGGCUGCGUUGGUACGGCUUAGAUACCGUAAACAUGUAUGGGUUUGUGAAUUACGCUUUGGAGCUUUUGGUGAUCAAAUCUUUCGGUGACGAAGCUUGGGAAACUAUCAAGAAAGAUGCUGACAUCCAGAUGGAAGGCCAGUUCUUGGUACGGCAAAUAUAUGAAGAUGAGCUCACUUACAAUUUGGUGUCAUCUGCGGUGAAAAUUCUAGGUAUACCAGCUGACACCAUUCUAGAAUUAUUUGGCAAGAUGUUCUUCGAAUUCUGUCAAGAUUCUGGCUACGACAAAAUUUUGCAAGUGUUAGGAGCAACUCCACGAGAUUUUCUUCAGAACUUGGACGCUCUUCACGAUCACCUGGGUACCCUCUAUCCCGGCAUGAAGGCUCCUUCCUUUAGGUGUACAGAAGGGCCGGAAGAUGGCGAUCUCUUACUGCAUUACUAUUCGGACAGGCCCGGACUAGAACAUAUUGUAAUAGGAAUAGUAAAGACGGUGGCUAGUAAAUUGCAUGGCACAGAAGUUUCCGUUGAAAUUAUUAAGACAAAAGAGGAGUCCGAUCACGUGCAGUUCUUGAUCAAGGAAACGUCCGGUACCGGAAUGAUCCAAAGAGCGGAAAUAAACGAAACCAAACUUCUGUCUCUAGAACCUAAGGUUGGAGUUGCAACGUUCUGCAAGGUGUUCCCUUUCCAUAUAAUGUUCAACAGAGAUCUGAAGAUAACCCAAACAGGAACAACUAUAGCUAGAAUUAUUCCCAAAGCUGAAUCUGGAGACUGCUUGUUAACUGAUAUAUUGGAAGCUGUGAGGCCUCAUCUAGAUUUGACAUUCGAAAACAUUCUCUCUCACAUCAACACAAUUUAUGUCUUGAAAACCCUUCCUGGAGCUAUGGAAUCAGAUGCUCCCCCAGAGUACAGACAGCUAAGGUUGAAAGGUCAGAUGCUCUACAUACCAGAAACCGAUAUUGUUAUUUUUCUUUGUUACCCCAGUGUUGUUAAUCUGGAUGAUCUUACAAGAAGAGGUUUGUAUAUCAGCGAUAUACCAUUGCACGAUGCAACCAGAGACUUGGUUUUGAUGUCUGAACAGUUCGAGGCAGAUUAUAAACUGACGAGGAAUCUGGAAUUCCUGACUGAUAAACUUCAGCAAACUUACAGGGAGCUUGAUAGUGAGAAGAAAAAGACAGACCGAUUGCUGUAUUCUGUGCUCCCAAUCAGUGUAGCCAACGAACUACGCCACAAGAGACCAGUACCAGCCAUGAGAUAUGAAAGUGUAACACUUCUGUUUUCCGGAAUCGUGGGUUUCUCAGCUCUAUGCGCCGCUAACACAGACGCUAAAGGAGUAAUGAAGAUAGUGGAGAUGCUGAACGAGCUCUACACUUAUUUUGACACACUCACUGAUCCAAAACGGAAUCCUAACAUUUACAAGGUGGAGACUGUUGGUGAUAAGUAUAUGGCUGUCAGUGGUCUUCCCGAACCUUGCCCAACGCAUGCACGCAAUAUUGCAAAUUUGGCCUUGGACAUGAUGGACUCCGUCAAGAAGGUCAUUCUGGAUGAUGAAGCAGUGAAAAUAACCAUUGGCAUACAUUCCGGAGAGGUAGUGACAGGAGUAAUCGGACACAGGAUGCCAAGAUAUUGUCUAUUUGGCAACACUGUGAAUCUGACUAGCAGGACUGAAACCACUGGGUGUCCUGGAAGAAUUAACGUUUCUGAAGAGGCUUACAGGUUUCUUUGCCAAGAGGACAAUUUUGACGAAGAAUUCGUGUUUGAACAUAGAGGACCAGUUUCUAUGAAGGGAAAAUCUGAACCAAUGGAGGUUUAUUUCUUGACAAGAGCUUAAAAUACAGAGCUUUUUAUUCAUUGAAUUAUAUAUGUAACAAAAAAAACAAUAAUAUAAAUAUUUAUUAAAAGAUAUAACUAUU